AUGUCUUUUGGAAGCAGCACUAGCAACGAAGAUGGCUUUCCUGAAAGAAUGCAAUCUCUCUAUGUCUCCGACCAAUACCCAGAAUUUUUCAGGUCCACUGCCGAGCCACCAAUGUUUGCCCCUGGUACCCUAGCACGCAUGAACACUAUGGAUGCCUUGACAGAUUUACUGGAGGAGGUUGCGCUCGAAGGUAGUCUUUCGCUUGUCAAGGCUGUCAUCGCACUUGGCGCGGAUCCCAUAUAUCGAUCGACUGGGAAACUGAAGAAAGUCAAGCACGAAGCACUGCAAAAAGCAACCAUUAAUGGACGUUCCAAGGUAGUCGAUUUUCUGCUUCAAAAGGGGGCUUCAUACGGCGAAGCCGCAAAGAAAAGUAUAUAUACUCCCCUUGACCGGGCGCUCUUGGCAGCUGUAUACAAGGGCCAUGCAGAACUCGCCGCCUGUCUCAUCACCUCUCAUGGCGCAAACCCGAUGGUCGAGCAAUGGCCCAGAGAGAUGUACGACACACAGCACUAUUGGGCGGAAAGCCAGGUACGGCUCUCGAAGACAAGUGUGCUUGACGGCAUAUCCAAAUGGAGGAACGUAGACCGCGGCAUGAACCUUCUCAAGGUCAUAAUGCAGCACCCCAAAUUCAAUCCUACAGCGCUUGUUUCAUGCGUAUUCGAUACCAAGAGCGAGUUGCAGACCGCCGAAUUCAACUACAGACCAUGGCAAACAACAUAUGAAUAUUCUGCUUUGGCUUGCUUUGUGAGAUCUGGUUGGGCAGACGCAGUCGAGGAAAUGUUAAGCAUGAAAGGCGAGCCCAAGGACUACGAGAAAGAAGAUGAGGUCUUGCAGUAUCAAGACAAAGUGGCACGCCACAUAUCCCCAGUCAACGCCCUUACCAAAGAUACAUGGGAAAAGAGACCAGAAGACGCAAUCCGCAUCCUAAGGUUCCUUCUCGACAGAAACUUCGACGUUAGCCUCGCCCAGCGUACAGCCUCCGACAUGGGCCAACGAACCGCACUCGGUCGUGCCCUUUCAGCAGAUGCAGCACAGGGUGUCGAGCUCAUUCUGCAGAGCAAACCUGGUUUAGUAAGAGAAGAGAUCUCGUUCCGCAGAGACAAGCAAGAGACGAAGGGUCUCCCCCUCACUGCCGCCCUCUGUCUAGACCGUCUAGAGACCGCCCGUGUUCUACUCCGCGCCGGAGCGCACCCACGCGACCCAGCACUUGAAGAUAUGAACGUCCUCCAAUUCGCUGUGCAUCAAGGCGGGGAAACAAACACAUCUAUACUCGCGGAGAUGAUUGGAUUAUCGCCGGAAUUGACAUAUGAUGCGCUCGGUAUAGCUAUCAAGCGGAUAAACAAAGACGCGGUUCGCGUUUUGCUGGAUUUUAUAUCGGCGGCCGCGCUGCGCGGACAGAUUGCUGCACUGCCGCCUUUGUACGACAUGCUACUUCAAUGCGAGGACUUUGACAAAGACGAUGUGACGAAAGAGAAUUAUUUGGCACUUAUCAGUAUGGUGGUAGCGUGGGAUGCAUACCAUGGGAAGAGCUUGGUGCUAAAUAGUAAGGCACAGCCGCAUGGAGAGCAAGGGUUGUGGACGAUGCUGGAGUGUUGUGAGUUAACUAAUAGGAGUAAUGAGUGGUUGGGGCUGCUGAGGCACUAUGGUGCACCGCUGUAUCAAUGA